GUUCGACCAUUUUUUUUGCGUGUAUGUAGUUUUAAUUGUGCUGGUCGAGAAAAAUUGUGUAAAAGGUCCAUGAAAACGUCGCAAAUACAACGAAAAAGUGUAGUGCUGUGCACUAAACGCUUUUGCGUAUUAAAUACAAUACAAAAAACAAUGUACACACAAUAAUUCCAUUGAAUAAAACGGCAUUUGUCCAUCAAAGCGGAUAUAGCCUGUUCCUCAAAACACUUUGUUACAAACAACUUUUGGAGAUAAACAACUGACUGCACUUGCUGUUAGUUCGCUAUGGUCUCAACGCGCCAAAUGUGCGGUAGUGCUGGUGUCGCCGGUGGCUACGAUGAGACGCCAAUGGCAACUCGUGCCACAGUGGUGCGUCGCACCACACAUUAUCAGCACCAUCAAAAUCAGCAGCAGCAAGCGCAGCUGCAACAACAUCAGAUUGCCCCCAUCGCGCCCGUUUUGAAUUUUCUGGACUUGCCCACGGAACUGAUCAUCAAAACGCUCGGCUACUUGGAUUAUAAGAAAAUCAGCAAUUUAAGAUUGGUGUCAAAUCGCAUGAACGACAUUUGCAUGAAUAUGUUGAAUGCGGCAUUCGCGAAGCAAAUUAAGACCACUUUCAAUCGCUUUCAAUCGAUAAAGUCGAGUAUGCCGCGUCGCGAGUCAGCUCGCCGGCAUCAUCCAUUGGCCUGCGAAUGUGACAUUAUCGAGACUUGCUAUAUGCGACUUUCAUUGCUCCAAAUGUCUAUGGGCAAGCACAUCGAGCGUGGCCAUUGCUGUUUCUUUCCGGGUGCCAUUUUAGAUGAGGUACACUCGAUUUUGAACUAUAUCAGUAUUACGCCACGCUUGCAGCGUCCCUAUCGUGUCACCGAUGAACUCUUUGAUCUCUCCACCAUGGCCAUGGAGUACUUUAAGGAUCGAAUUGAGCCUACGCUGCCUGGCUUGGCCUACUUCAACAAGGACUUUUUUCAAUUGCCCGUUACCACUAAGCGGCCUACCUUAGCUAUUAGCUCAGAUCUCUCGGACAGUUCGAAUAACUCACCACCUCAGAACCACAUGGUGUUGCGUAAGGGUAUACGCAAGAUCAAGCAGGGCAUGAAGAUGUACAAUAAUCAGCUAUCGGUGCUGCGCACCGAGCUACGAAACUGUAAACGCAAAUCCGCAGAGCAGAGCAAACAGCUUGCUGAACAGCAAAAUCUUUUGGCGGAUCAUCAGAAGCAGACGCUCGAAUAUGCUAAUCGUCUGGACGAGAACGACAAGAAGAAUGAGGAAAUGGCACGAAAAUUUUCCACAUUGUUGCAGGAACUCAACAAGUGCAAAACCGAGCUACAGUUCUGGCGCUCUAAGAGCCCUGCCAUACCAUCGGUGUGCAGUUCAUGUAAUUUGAAGGUGACUCCAGUUCUACCGCACGAGGAUUUCAAGGCGCUGGUCAACCAGGGUGUUGAUCCGGAUAACAUAAUCAUAAUCAACGCUGAGACCGAGCCCGAAGAGACGAUUGGGGGCAAUGUGGACGACAGUGAGCUAACCGCGGGCGUUGCGAAUUCAUUUGCCUUGCCAGAUGAAGCAACCACAGCAAAGCUGUUGGCCGUAAAUACGGCUGCCAAAAAUCUUAAACGUAAAUAUGCGGCAACGAUGCUGGACAACGAAAUCGCUGCAACGUCCAAUAUAAUUGCGUCCAAUGCGACAACGUCGUCUCAGGAUAUAAGAAGCCAACAUGUCGACGGUAGCGGAAACUGUGGCUAUUCGACAAAACUAUUUUAUGGCAAUCAUCAACGCAGCGGCGUAAUUGUGAGUCCAGUGUCCAUUAAAUUAGUGCCAAUGCUGCACCGUAACGACAAUGAACUGGAAAAAGGAAAGGAGCAACAGUUGCAAUUGCUCCAGCCAAUCAAUAACGAAUCAAUUGAAGCAACUCCUGAAUCCCAUUUGAACCCUGUAGUUUUCAUGGAGCAAAUGGAGGCGAAGAAGGCACGUAGAGUACAAAAGGCCAAUAGGUGUUUAAAUGCAUCUGGCAAACGCAGUAAAUAAGCAUAAAACAUAUACAAAUUAAAUUUUUUACUACUUAUACAUACACAUAUAUAUUUACAUAUAAAAGUCGCGCACACACAUCCAGCAGACACGCAGCCUAAAGCUUGUCUGAGUCUGCCUGUGUGCUUGUGCGCAAAGUAGUGUUAAAAAGCAAAAACAACAACAACAGAG